GUCCUUCAGCGGCGUGCAUGAUCCAGCGCCCGGACCUGUUUGGCUGUGUGGUUGCAGAAGUGGGCGUGAUGGACAUGCUCAAAUUCCACAAGUUCACCAUUGGCCACGCCUGGACCACCGACUACGGCUGCUCUGAUGACCCGGCGCAGUUCCAGUACCUCAUCAAGUACUCUCCUCUCCACAAUCUGCCUCAGCCCCCGUACGCCGGGCCGCCCUACCCGGCCGUCCUGCUGCUGACGGCGGAUCACGACGACCGCGUGGUGCCCCUCCACACGCUGAAGUUCUGCGCCGCGCUGCAGCACGGUGUGGGCAGCAGCGCCCAGCAGAAGCAGCCGUUCAUGGUGAGGGUGGACACCCGCAGCGGGCACGGGGCGGGGAAACCCACCACCAAGGCCAUCCUGGAGGAGACGCACAUCUUCUCCUUCAUCGCGGAGACUUUAGGGCUCAGCUGGAAGGACUGAUGAGGAGGAAUUCAGACGACUGAACCACCGCCGUGAUUUAAAGAUGAACCCAUGGUCCCAAGAGCUGUUCAUGUUUUUUACAUGAUGGUGGAGGGUCACACUUUCACCUCGUUGCCAUGGGGACAGAUUGAUUGUUCGAUGAAGUCAGCAAAAGUUCACCUUCCUUCUUAAGAAAACACACAAUAAAAAGGCUGCAGACAUGACCUCUGACCUUUACGAAACUGACGUUUUUUUUUCAUUUUUGGUAAUCAAAACUAUCUUAAAUUAUCUGCAAUUAUUUUUUCUUUGCUUUUAGGUUCCAUUCUGACAAAAACGAUUGAAAAGGAGACAACAAACCUGUAUUUCUUAUCAUUGAUCUGUCCUAAAAGUACAAAAAGAUGUUAAGAAAAAAUUCAUACAUAGGAUUUAUGAUCAUGAUGUGCCAAAAGAUCCAUUUGAAUCAAUAAAACAAUUUUUUACUCAUCCACAUGGGUUGAUGUUGACGAUCAA